AUGUCUUACGCCGCCGCAGCUGCAAAGGGCCCCAAGCAGUCCCCCGAGGAUGCCCGUGCUCCCCCGGUGGACGGGAUCUACCACGAUGAAUCCGAGAGCACGGCCUCAUUGAUCGACGUCGAUGGCCCCCAUGUGCAGACUGUGGAGUCCGACUUCCUCAAGCAAGAUGUCCAAACCACCACCCAGGCGGAGCGGAUAGAGCGCGAAGCUGAGGAGAAGGAGAAGCGCGAGGAGGAGGAAAAGAAGAAGAAGAAGGCUAAGGCCCACAAGGUGAAGAGCAGUAGUAUCCGUGGAAACACCAGCAACCCUGUCUUCCUUGCCAAUGCCGCUAUCGCAACCGUGAUCGGCGCAGGCCUCAGCUUCGGUGCCUACAAGCAACACACGAAGGGCAACCUCUCCUGGGAGCUGGUCGGACUCACUGCUGGUGCUGUUGGAGUCUUCGGUACGGUGGACUACUUUGUCAGCAAAUGGUUCCUGCAGAACAAGUUCCCUCCCAAAUAG